UGGAGAAUCGACCUACAGGCGGUCACGAGAGUCACAGCUGGGCUCAGCAUUCCAGUCCUUUCACCGCGCGGACCAGGAGUCUCACUCAAACCAUCUUACCCGCGGGCACGUGUGGACUACAGACGCAGCGGUAUCAAAGUGAACGAGCUGCUCAUUGACGAAGUGUCAUCUACUGCUGUUCUUGCACGUGAGCGCGUGACCCAGAGAGCUUUUGUGCGUAAAAUAAAAGCUUUUUGCAACUUUCGGAUUUCCGACGGCUUUGAGCGGUUCUCUCGGCGCGGACUCAGGAUCUCUGCGAGCUGCUCACCGGUCAGUCCGCGACCAGUGGUCCAAGGGAGAUUAUUUUCUUUUUGUCUUGAGUAGAUCUCUGCUCCACUAACGAGGUGGACAUCCCUGUUCAGGCAUGCUGGCCUCCCCCCUCCCCCAGCCUCUACCUCUGACACCAGCAGCCCCCCCAACUGACCCCCCCACACCCAGCGCCAAUGCCCCCCCUCAAGAGAUCACAGGAUCCGAUGACGAGGAGGAGGAAGAUCAAAGCCAGUAUGGAAGAGGGGGAUACUAUCCAGUCCAGAUCAGGGAGCUGUUUGUGGGACGCUACCAGGUGGUGAGGAAGCUGGGCUGGGGCCACUUCUCCACCGUGUGGCUAUGCAGGGACCUACACAGGAAGAGCUUUGUGGCUCUGAAGGUUGUGAGGAGCGCUGCAACCUUCACAGAGACGGCGCUGGACGAGAUCAAACUCCUCAAAUGUGUGCGUGAUAGUGACCCAUCUGACCACAAAAGGGACACCAUUGUGCAGCUUACUGAUGACUUCACAGCAUCUGGAAUUAAUGGAGACCAUGUGUGUAUGGUAAUGGAAGUGUUGGGGCAGCAUCUUCUGAAGUGGAUCAUCAAGUCCAACUACCGGGGCCUUCCUCUAGAAUGUGUGAGAUGUAUCCUCAGGCAGGUUUUGCAGGGCCUGGACUACUUGCACAGGAAGUGCAAGAUCAUUCACACGGACAUCAAGCCGGAGAACAUCCUGCUAAGGGUCGAUGCCGUCGACCUCCAGCAGAUGGCAGCAGAUGCAUCGCUGUGGGAGGAGCCACAUCCACCUAAGCCCAGCAGCCAAUCAGAGCCAGCAAGCCCCUCUGGGAAGACCGCCCCUUCAGGUGGCUUUGGGAAGAAAGAGAGACAGAGUGUGACUCAGUGGUUGGGGAGGAUCUCUGGUGUGUUCCAGUCACUAGGGGUUCUGACGGAGCGUCUCUCCCGGUCUCAGAGGAAGAGGAGGGGUCGGAGUGAAGCUGCCCAGGAGGGCCUGGAGAGGUGCAGUGCAGGCCAGUGUCCACCAGGGGGCAGUGUCACCCUCCUGCCCACCCUCAGCAACACUCCCAGCACAGGGCCCACGCACACACACACCUCACGGAGAAACACACUCCUGGUGGAUGAAGAGGAGGAUGAGGACAACACACACACUUACGAAAGAGAUGGACCUGUGUGUGCAUCCCGCCCCCACCGCACCUCUUCAUCUCGAUUGGACCAGAGCCGAAACCCCUCCCACCCACCGACAGGCUCCGCCCUGCCUAAUCACAUAGCUCACAUCACAGAGCUCCUGGGGCCACUCCCUGUGGACUUUGCCUUGUCUGGACGCCACUCACGACGCUUCUUCAACAGCAAAGGUGAGCUGCGGCGUAUCACUCGCCUGCACCCCUGGGCGCUGUGUGACCUCCUGCAGGACAAGUACGGCUGGACCCCCAGCGAUGCCCAGAGCUUCAGCCAUUUCCUGCUGCCCAUGCUGGAGCCCGUGCCAGCACACAGGGCGACCGCCCAACAGUGCCUGCAGCACCAGUGGAUCAACUCAUAAACACACACACACGCACACACUCACAUUCACACGCACGCACGCACACUCACACACACACACAAACACACACUCACACACGCACACCCACAAACACACACACACUCACACACAUACACACACACCUUCAGCGAACGUCCCCGGAACGUCAUCUUACAGUUGUCUUGUACAACCAUCAGCGAACUUUUAGGGAACGUUCCCUGGCGGUUAUAUUAAGGAUACAUUUUUAUCCAUUUAGGCGCCACUUUUAAGCUUGUCCACGUUGUCGUUUUCGGGUGAAAUGGCCUUUUGAAUGGGAAUCCUUGGGGCACUACUAUUUUGAUACAUGAUCGCGUCAAAAUCACUAUUUUUACACUAAGA